AUGAGGACACUUCACUCAUUUCCUGAAGAUCUCACUAUUUUCAGUGAAAAUGAACCUACGAGUAAUGUUGAAAAUAGGACAAGCCGGUCUUUAUCGAAACCGAAUAGGUUAGGUAGGGCAUGUUUGAUAUACCCCAACUUCUCGUGUCCCAAAGGUCUAUGUCUGAUAAUCAAUAAUGAAAACUUUUCAUCGAUGCCUAGACGUCAAGGAACAGAGAUCGAUUGCGCGAAUCUUCGAAAUUUAUUUCACCAACUGGGAUAUAAUGUUCUUGUUGAAAACGAUCUCAGUUGUAAGGAAAUGCUUGCUCAAAUGAGAUUAUUUGCGAGUGAUCCAAGACAUCGUCUAGCGUCUUCAACUGUUGUAGUAGUAUUGACACAUGGAGAACGAGAUCAACUGCUUGAUGAUGACAUGAUUUCUGUCUAUUCAUUCUUGGAGAUGUUGAAUGCAAAAAAUGCUCCUCUUCUAGCCGGAAAGCCAAAGUUGAUAUUCAUUCAAGCUUGCAGAGGGGAUCGUCGUGAUACUGGCGCGACAUACUUGGACCAGACGGAUGGUCAGCAGCUAGAUGGGUCUUUUGGACUGUUCAAUUGUAUACGAACGCCACCAACUGUAGUGGUAAAUGGACAAAUCAACUCGUUGAAGCCUCGUGAAUCUGAUUUCCUAAUAGCAUACGCAACACCACCAACCUACGUCUCCUGGCGGAAUAGUUUACGUGGUAGCUGGUUCGUACAAGCUAUUUGCGAGGUAUUCGGCUUAUCUUCUAAUACACUACAAUCUUUCAUUACCCAAAUUUUCAAGGAAGAAACACAUGAGAUUUUCAAGUUCAAUCAUAACUCAAAUCUCUAUGCAGUUAUUGUCUAA